AUGGCCUUGCUAACCUUCCCCAUGCUCCUGGCUGCUGCCGCCCUAUUGUGCGUAGUUGCGCUAGCGAGGAAUUUUUACUCUCCUCUUGCCAAAAUACCGGGUUCCAAGUUAUCUUUAUUCAGCUCCAUCCAAUUACGAUACUAUGAACUGCAUGGAAGACGGACUACGUUCGUCCAUAGCAUGCAUCAGCGCUAUGGGACAGCCGUCCGGUUGGGUCCAAAUGAGGUCUCCUUCGCGUCUGCGUCCGCAAUGAAGGAGAUCUACAUGUCGAAGGGGAGCGGCUACGACAAGACUGAAUUCUACGAUCUGUUCCGGCAAUUUGGUCUUAGUACCAUGUUCUCCGAUAAGAGAAAGGAACCGUUACUAACCGAUUUUAUGUUCCUUCAGCACAGCAAGAGAAGACGAAUCUUAGCGGAUCGCUAUGCCAACUCCAACAUCAUGCGUGAAGACUCGCUACACGGAAUCCAAAAACGAUCCCAGAACUUCAUUACCAGGAUUAAAGAGAGUGCACAACAAGAAUUGGACAUAUAUCUUCAUCUUCAUAAUUACGCAUUCGAUUGUGUCACACAUCACUUGUUCCAUCCUUAUGGAAGCAAUUCACUUUUAGACAAAGCCGAUGAAGAGGUGAUGUGCGAGGUGUCGUUUGACAAUAGUCUUGUUCGCCGGCUGAUGAUAUUUUAUAACCCAACCCUCGGCCAUUUCCUCGGAAAGAUGGGAUUAUUUGGUGCACAGCGUGCCAUUCCCCGUGCCCAAGCCCUGGUAAAGAACGCGGUCAAACAAGAGAAUUCUGCUAGCUUUACCCUCGUUGGUGCUCUCCAAGACGGAAAAGGAAGCCUGGAUUCCACUCAAAUUGCCUCAGAAUGUAUGGACCACAUGGUUGCGGGAAUUGAGACGACUGGUGAUGCACUGUGCUUUCUCAUGUGGCAACUGUCCCAGCCUGCAUAUGUUGGCCUUCAAGAUCGACUUCGCGCUGAGCUGAGGGAGAAUGCACAUAUGUCUAUCCACGAAUUGCCGUUUCUGGACGCGAUCGUCAAAGAAGGGCUCCGAGUCUUUCCCUCUAUUCCCAUGAGUCUACCUAGAUGUGUACCUGCAGGGGGCGCAACAGUUGAUGGGUAUUGGUUACCCGAGGGCACAACUGCCAGUUCCCAGCCGUUUUCCAUGCACAGAAUGGACGAGAAUGUUUUCCCAGCCCCGGAUAGCUUUAACCCAGAUAGGUGGCUGGAAGAGAAGGGAAACGCACACCGCAACCGGUUAUUUUUUAGCUUUUCUGCUGGAGGAAGAGCCUGCAUUGGCCGACAUCUCGCAACGGCUGAGAUGAAAACGCUUCUGUGUGAUAUCUAUGGCCAAUUCAGAAGCACGCCAGCUGAUGAAAUGACGGCGGACAUGACAAUGGAUGACCAAAUUUUCACAACGAGGCCAAAAGGGCAGAAGUGUUUACUCAAAUUCACAGUUGUAGAGUAA